UCCCCCCCCGACACUGGGUCUGUUGCGCCACCGGUGGCGGCGGUUGGGGUUCGGUGAGGACCGGCGGCGGCGGGGACGGGGACGGGGAGAUGGCGAAGCUGCUGCUGCUCAAGGCGGCGGGGAGAGCGGCCCUGUCAGGGCAGAUAUCAUUUUCUUCUACGAAUAAUUUGCCUUACAAGACUGGAAGAGUUUUGUGCCAGUUGCCAUGGAGAGUGUCAGACCAGAGAAGGAUGUUCACAAAUGUAGAGAUGGACAACAGCACGGGAGUUGCUGUAAUCAAGAUGAACAGCCCUCCAGUUAACAGUCUAAGUCUGGAGUUCCUCACAGAGUUUGCAAUUAACAUGGAGAAGCUGGAAAUGGAUCGAGGAUGCCGAGGUGUAAUUCUAACUUCGUCCGUUCCCAGAAUUUUUUCUGCUGGCCUGGACAUAACGGAGAUGUAUGGGAAGACCCCAGAACACUGCGGAGCAUUCUGGAGAGCAGUGCAGGAAAUGUGGUUGAAACUGUACGGAUCCAGUAUGAUAACAAUAGCUGCAAUCAAUGGAUCCAGCCCUGCCGGUGGCUGUCUCAUGGCUAUAUCCUGUGACUACAGAAUUAUGACGGAUUAUCCGAAGUACAGUAUCGGUCUGAACGAGACCAAGCUGGGAAUUGUGGCACCAUUCUGGUUCAAAGACACCAUGAUAAAUUGCAUCGGAAACCGGGCCACAGAGCAUUCUCUCCAACUUGGUCUCCAGUACAAUCCUCCAGAGGCUCUGAAAGUUGGGCUUGUUGACCAGCUGGAAACAGAAGAUAAACUGAUGACAACUGCUUCAAGUGUCAUGUCUCAGUGGUUGGCUAUUCCAGAUCACGCUCGGCAAAUUACUAAAUCCAUGAUGAGGAAGCCUAUAAUUGAUCAACUGCUGAGACAAAGGGAAGCGGAUGUACAGAAUUUUGUUAAGUUCAUCACCAAGGACUCGAUUCAAAAGUCUCUCCAGAUGUAUAUGGAGAUGUUGAAACAAAAAAAAGGCUGAAUCAUUUGUGAACUUAAAAUGGGUCUUUAGUAUGUACGCAUUCUGAUGCAUUAUAAUGUCUAGGAUUCCUACCUGAUUCUUAUCUUGUUUCAAUAGCACAACAGAUUUUUUAAACAAAAAGAAUCACUCUAAUCCUAUCCGUUUACGAAUUUUCCUUUUUUUUUCUCCAAAUUGUUUUGGAAAACCUAUGCAAUGUGAAUUCAACUGUUUAUGUGAUGUAAAACCUUAAAGUACCUAAUUUAGCUGUCAAUUAGCUGUAGCUAGCUGAGCAAUUAAGUCAAACAACAAAUCUUGUCUUUGGCGAAGUUCUUUUAGAGGAAUGAUGAAACACAUGUGUGCCAAAACCUGCUUCAGUCAAAUCUUUAUCCCACAAGUUUUGUUUCAGAUGUAGCAGCAAUCGAUCAUCAGUUUGAAUGUGUAUGAAAGGCACUAUACAAAUGUAAUUUUGUAUUGCAUGACAAAUCAUUGUUACUAGUUUCUGUUUUGUGGAAGACUUUUCUUGGUGCUCUUUUUUUUAAUAAUUCGCAUUCUUCAAGAAAAAAUGAAAUUUCCUACAGAUUACUGGGACUGAAUUUAGAUUUCAACACUGCAUUCUGAUUCUGCACUGUGUUUAAUUUUAUGCAAAAUGAUACCUUUUGGUUUGUGAAAAUGAACUGCUGGAUUGCCUUCAGGGGUUUUAAUCAUGUGUUUUGUUUAUUAAACAACAAAUCCAAUGCUUUUAUUAUC